AUGUCGAUAAUCGAGUUGAUUAACGAGAAAGGAUUACGUGUCGUUGUCAUGUCGAGAGGAGCAAUUCUGCAGAGUGUCCAUUUCCCGGAUCGUGACGGACAUGUAAGGGAUUUGACGCUCGGUUUCGAUAAUUUAGAGGGUUACCUAGCCGAUCGUUUCUUCAUGGGGCAAACGGUUGGCCGGGUUUGCAAUCGAAUUCGGAAUGGACGUUUCGAGUUGAACGGACGGUUUUAUCAGUUGGACAUAAAUCGAGAGCCAAACCAUUUGCAUGGUGGAGGGAAAGGGUGUGGAUUGAGAGAUUGGGAAGUGGCUCGUCGGUCGGACACUUCGGUCACCUUUCGAGUGAUUAUGAAAAACGAUGAGGAUGGGUAUCCGGGUGAUGCGAAGAUUGAUUGCACCUAUACAUUGAAUGACAUGAACCAGUUGAUAAUUGAGUACACUGGGAUUUGCACUGAGGACUCCGUGCUCAACUUGACGAAUCACACCUAUUGGAAUCUCGAUGGAGAUGAAACAAUCAAUGAGCAUCUAUUGGAGAUUCGUGCUCACUCGUAUCUACCCACAGAUGCAACAAAGGUUCCAACAGGAGAAAUCCUAUCUGUCGAGGGAACAAAGUUCGAUUUUCGAAGCGCUAAAAAGUUGGGCACUCUUUUGGAAAGUGAUGGGAUUGGACGAGUCGAUAAUGAUUAUAUUCUGAGUGAUGUUAAACAUCAGAGAUCUGUCAAUAUAUUGCUUGCCUCGGAGAAGUCGGGAAUCAUGAUGGAGAUGUUGACGAAUUAUCCGAUUGCUCACGUUUACGCUGGGGAAUAUGUGACGAACACGAUGGGAAAAGGUGGUAAAAUCUACAAGCCAAACUCGGGUAUAGCCAUCGAAUGUCAAGGGUACACGAAUGCUGUUAAUGAGCCAAAAUUCCCAUCAAUUCGUGUCGAGAAAGGUGAGGUGUUUAGCCGAGAGAUCGUUUACGGAUUCGGCCAUUUGAAUACAAGUGAAAUCUCAGGAUUCACUCAAAAAUUGAAG